GGGGGGGGGGGGGGGAGCUCGGCUUUCACACGCGGGGAAGGGGAGGACAAAAAAGAGACGACACGAAUUAUAAAAUAAAUCAAACAACAUUUAGACACUUUACUCCGGGGGCGGAUAUACGAGGAUCCCCGGGAGACGGAGGAGGAGGAGGAAGAAGAGGAGGAAGAAGAGGAGGAAGAAGAGGAGGAAGAAGAAGAAGAAGCGGACGUUUUUACUCGAUGCGACGGGAUUUGCUACUUUCGCGUGAAGAGGCGGACCUAGGAGGCUCGGCCACUUCAAUAUGCUGAGGCUGUCCCCGGUGUUUGUGUACUGUACGUGGAAGUACAAGGACUCCGCGCCUGCGACCCACGGGCCCACGUUACGGAUUUAAACCCUCAACACCUUGGUCUGGUCCCCCCCGCCCCGCCGCCGCGGAAGAAGCGUCCCUGCCGGUUCUCCUUCAGCUCCGCAUCUUGUGUUUUUGUUUUGGACCGGGAGGGGGAUUCCUCCAGACCUGAGGCUGCAUGUGCGUUGCUCUCUCGCCGCCUCACAGUCGUGUCCCCCCCCUACCCCCAACCCCCCGGUUCUCCUUACUGCAACGGGGGUAUUUUAUUUUGUUAAACUAGCCCACGCCGUUCAUGGAGGACUCACCAUGACCCAUUAUUCCUUCUUCCACGCUCCUGUCAGGUUCCGUGUCCGCGGAGGGUGCCCGGUUUUCAGCCGCUAGCCGGUGCCGGUCUGCGAGAGAGAGAGAGAGGGGGGUGGGGGGGUGUGGGGCAAGUUGGUGCAUAUCCCCGGUGUCUCUCUCUCUGUUUUUGUUUUUGUUUUGCUUGUGACACCACUUAAAAAAAACCAAAAAAAAAACAGACUUCUAUCUCUUUUUUCAGUCAUUAUUAAUUUAUUAUUUUUUUUGGUGGGCGAUUGAACCAACAACCCACCCACCCACACUCCCACGGAUACACGACACCCACUAAGCCAGGUCUGUCACCAUGAGUUGCAUCCUCUCGGCGCUGCUGGAUGUGUUGCUACGUGGACUCGUCAUCUAUGCGGUACUCGGCUGCUCUUCCUCCAGCGGUCUGCCCGAUGCUGCAGCCGUAGCAGAUCCCUGUCUUAUUGUGAUGCCGCCAUGCAUGGGCGAGGCCGACCGCUUCAGUCUGGAGGCGCUGCGGCACAUCCACAAACAGCUGGACGACGACAACGACGGAGGGAUAGAGGUCAACGAGAGUGUGGAGUUUAUAAUAGAGGACAUGAAGCAGCAGCAAACCAACAAGCACAGCAACCUGCACCGUGAAGACCAGCACAUCACAGUGGAGGAGCUGUGGAAGGGCUGGAAGACGUCUGAAGUCCACAACUGGACGAUGGAGGACACGGUGCAGUGGCUGAAGGAGUCGGUGGAGCUGCCGCAGUAUGAGACGAACUUCCGGGACUUCCGAGUCUCGGGGAACACUUUACCUCGAAUAGCAGCAAAUGAACCGUCGUUUAUGUCGAUGCAGCUGAAGAUAUUAGACCAGCGGCAUAAACAGAAACUAAACCUAAAGGCCCUCGACGCGGUGCUGUUUGGUCCUCCGCUCCGUCCACAACAUAACUGGAUGAAAGACUUCGUCCUGAUGGUUUCCAUAGUGAUCGGUGUUGGGGGCUGCUGGUUUGCCUACGUGCAAAACAAGUCCAGCAAGGUGCACAUCUCUCAGAUGAUGAAGGAUCUGGAAAGCCUGCAGCACGCCGAGCAAAGCCUCUUAGACCUGCAGAGCCGACUGGAGAAAGCUCAGGAGGAGAACCGCACGGUGGCGGUGGAGAAGCAGAACCUGGAGCAGAAAAUGAGGGAUGAGAUCAACGGGGCCAAGAAGGAGGCUCAUCGGCUCCGAGAGCUGCGAGAGGGAGCUGAAUGUGAGCUGAGCCGCCUGAAAUAUGCUGAGGAGGAGCUCGUACAGGUGCGAAAGGCCCUGAGGAGAGCGGAGAAGGAGAUGCACUCGGAGCGCUCGGUGCCAGAAGCUCUUCAGAAGUGGCUGCAGCUCACACACGAGGUGGAGGUUCAAUACUACAACAUCAAGAAGCAGAACGCGGAGCUUCAGCUGUGCGUCGCCAAAGACGAGGCAGAGAAAAUCAAAAAGAAGCGAAGUUCUGUGUUUGGAACUCUUCACGUGGCCCACAGUUCAUCACUGGAUGAGGUGGACCACAAGAUACUAGAGGCAAAGAAAGCCCUGUCGGAGGUGACGGCGUGCCUGAGGGAGCGGCUGCACCGCUGGCAGCAGAUCGAGAAGCUCUGUGGCUUCCCUGUGGUCAGUAACUCGGGGCUGCCGAGCCUCACGGCCAGCCUCUACUCAGACCACAGCUGGGUGGUCAUGCCGCGAGUUUCGGUGCCUCCCUACCCCAUCGCGGGAGGAGUGGAUGACCUGGACGAGGACACGCCUCCCAUCCAUCCACAGUUCUCCACGGCCUCGUUGAUCCGUCCUUCGCUGACGCGCAACAGCAGCCUGUGCCGCUCCCGCCGCAGCCUGAUGAACUCCCCGCAGUCCUCGCUGAUGUCGCCGGACCCCGACCUGCUGUCCAUGGCCAGCUCGUCCCUCUCCUAUCACCCCGAGGCCGACGACGAACAUAUCAUGUUCAGCUCGGAUAGGAGGGGGUAUGUAGCGGUGGCCGGAACGCCGCGGAAUGGUUUUAAAGUUUGGACUUACAGGGAACCGACUCAGGAGGGCGGCUCCGACUCAGACUCCCUCAACUCGUCCAUGGGCCGGAAGCAGCCGCACAACCCCUGCACGCCCGGAUCGGAGACCCCAUACCGCAAGAUCUCCCGCGAGGAGCUGCUGCUGUACAGCCAAAGUCCGGAGCUCGCAGCCUGCACCACCCACACCAGCAGCAGCAGCAGCAGCAGCAGUCUCAGGGACUCCACGCCUCCCCCUCUUCCCCCGACCCCGGCCACCACCCCCUCAGGGCCGCCCUCCACCUCGCCCUCCCCGGCCUUGGAGCACCACCCGUUUGCACACAGAGGCUCUCCUGACCUCACCCACAUCCUGCCCGAGUCUCAGAGCGUGACCUUCACGCAGGGGGGCGUCACCUCGCCCACGGGGAAGGGCGUGUACAACGGCAUCCUGGAGAAGUCCUACAGCUACGGGCAGCUGCCGGCCAGCAUGCUGCCCAACGUGGGGCGCUACCCGUCUCUGACCUCCCUGGACUCGGAGGGCCGGAGCGUGGGAAGGGAGCACAAGCUCCAGAGCACCUCCUCCCAGGACUCCAGCGACAAUGGAGAGAGAAUCAAGCGCUCCUCGUCUAAAAUCAAAAGCCUAUUUAAGAAGAAAAAAUAAAACUUAGAGAGCGAAAGAGAGAAAUAAGAUAAGUUGUUUUAGCCUGAAUACUAAUAAAAAGGACAUCACUAUAAGCUAAAACAUUUCAUUUUCUCUCCUAAGUUAUUUUGUUAUCAAAGAUGGAAUGUAGCUCAGGCUGGACGCGUUCAAACACUCCAGACUGGUCGCCUUAUUUUUAAAUAAUGCCUUUUUAUUUAGUUCACUCAGCCUCACGGGGAAACCUGCAGAGGUCACGGAAAGGUCAAUCCGACGCCACACACGACCUGGUCGCCGUCUUCUCUUAAAUGUUACUUUGCUUUUCAACCAAAAAAAGCCACUUUGAGUAACGGUAUCGUGUAAAACGUAGUGUUUCACUGUCGAUGUCUUGUAGAGAAACAUAUCUGCUGUUUAAAUCGCACUUUGAAUAGCGACAGCAACACGUGAAUAACACCCAGAAAAAAAAAAGGUCCUAUAGUAGAUUUGGGAUAAUGUAUCGUCUUUUCUCAAGUGUCCUAAUUUACGACGGAGUAUCAGGGCCACUUGUAGGGAAAAUAAAUCGGAGAUAACGAGAUUAAAGUACAUUUUAGGAAUUCUGGAGCAUCUUGUUAAAUUAAACUUUGGCAUAUGUUUAACUUAAAUAACAAAAUAAUUAAUCUCAACUUGACAGGAGUUUUAAAAUGUGGUGCAGACUUGCAGUCGAUUAAAGUUCUCGGUUACAAAUGUGAGCUUUUCAAAGGGAAUUUUUAGUUUCUCGAGAAACACCAAAAAAAGAUAAAGACCCUCUUGUUAAUAAAUUGCGACUUUUAUUUCUAAUAUUUAUUUUCUGUAACAUGGCCCUAUUACUCAGUCGUACUAAUCACCCCCCCCUCCCUGUUCAAAUUAUGAAUUGCAUCUUAAACAGUCUUCAAGUGCUAAACCCGUGUACUUGAUGAAUUUUCCUUUUUAAAAAGAAAAAUCCUGCUCAAAACUUUAUUGCACUACUGCUUUCCUGGUAUUUUGGGAAAGAGCCACUGCUGGCGGAGUACAUAUUGAAUAAAGAUCCAGAGACGAGGGGAACACAUGGGCGGCGGCAGGGAAAAUGCAGCAUGUAAUGCCAGAGCCACGAUUAUCUGAUGCAUCUUUACUGUUGCCCUCCAUUAUCCUCUCAAAUAUAUAAAUAAAUCUCUAAAUAUAUAUAUAUAUACGUAUACCUUGUUUUCGCAUUACUAGGUUUAGAUUGGUGGGGGUCCCUAUGAACUGAAGAAAGUCGAACGAAUAUGCAGAUCUAACCCGCACCAGUCGUGUUCCCUGUAAUCUAGCUCUGCCUCAUUACUUGACAAACUGCAUUCUGUAGCCAUUCAACAGACCAUUUCCAUGUCUCGUCUUAAAACUCUUCAAAUCUAAAAAAAACACUUGAUGUCACGACCGGAUGUUUGUGUGCGGUUCAUUCUGUUCCGAGUGCCAUAGUCGUGUUUGAGGAAGGAGGUGAGAUGAUGUAAUAUUUAAAAAGAUAAUAAGUUUCUGUAAUUGCCGACAAUGUCUCGACUGUGGUGAUGUGGCCUCUACCAUCUGUGUUCCAGGCUUUUUUUAAAAGGACAAACAGUAAAGGAUCAUCUGUUCGAGCUAAGGGACGUUUUUCAUCCACAUCCGAUCAAAACAUUGAGACUUGCCCCCCCCCCCUCACACUAAGCUCGAAGCCGACCCACGCAAUACGGCCCCGCUCCUCACCUCUGGGCCUGCACCGAGCGCAUUGAUGUCAACCCGCCCAGCUUCACACUGUGAUUUCUGCCUUCUGCCCUUCAUCCCGGACCGAGUCACAUGACGGAACGCCGGCAGAGAUGAAAGGUCAUGGGGGUGGGGGGGGGAGGGGGCGAUGCCGUGCAUGAGGUGUGUCUGGGAGACGAGGAUCCAGUGGCCUCUGUUUUUAAGAAGAAGAAAAAAAAACCACAUAUAUUUAGAAGGUCGUGGACAACGCAGCACACAAUGAAGGAACUGAAAGACGAGGGGCAAACGAAUGUUUACGAGACACUAGGGGCUUUUUUUGAGAACAUUUUGUGUGUGAAUAUUUGUAUACAGUAGAAAAAUUAAUAAAAAAUGGAGGCAUUGGA